UGAACAUCCGUCGUUUUCACUCAAUCCCACCAUAUUUGAUCUUUGCCACCUACAUUCCUCUCUCCGUCCCUUUUCGACCAGAUCAGUUCAUAAUGCACGCCCUCCUUGGAAGUCCCGAAAAGCAACUAGUCUGCGCCGAGUUUAUCAAAGCUCUCGAGGACUGUCACGCCCAAGGCCUUUUAGCCAAAAUUACCGGCCAAUGUAAUAAGCCCAAGAUGAUCCUGAACGACUGCUUGCGUGAAGAGCGUAUAGAACGAACGACGAGGAAUAGAGACGAGGCGAAAGAGAGGAACGCGAGGAAGAAAGCGGUUUGGGAAGCGUUGGAGAGGGAGAAGGCUGAAGAGAAGGCCAUCUGAGUCUUGACCAGUCAGUGAGCGUCAUUGGGCGCCGGGGGAUGAGACUGGGAGAUGUUGGAGCUGGGGUCGAUCGGGCUUUUACGUUUUUGUCUGUCUAUUGUAACACUACCCGCAUUGUCAUUUCACCUCUCAAUCUUGUCAUUAUGCAUCGCAUGGGCUUCAGUAGAGGAGUAAAGAAGUCUCACCAGCUUUGUUGCACAAGAGCAAGUCAUCGCAGACCAGAACAGUUGUCGAUUGUGACGGGCAGAUAGGAACCGCCGGCCUAUCGGUGCAUAACUUACACUUGCAACGCCUCUGCUAUACAAGACUAAUGCUCCUGACCCCUGGCGGUACUCUCAGCAAGUCAAAAGUGCAGACUACUUCUUUACGCUGCGCUCAACUUCUGCGAUCACUAGUAGCCCGGCCUUUCGAAUGAUGUAGCCUAUGAGUUGUUGUGAUGCAAUAGAUACGGCAUGUUGAGCUGUCUCACCGUCGCAGAUCACCACGGUAGGGCUAGCAAUGGUCACUCGAGUCCUUUUGGCAUCGGUCAAGAUGCAAAGAUGGUAGGUGCUAUGCUC